UGAUCUGGCUCCAUGGAAGGACCCCGGGAUCGUGACCUGUGCCGAAGGCGGACGGUUAACCGGCUGAGCUUCCCGAGUGAACUGGUGCCCUGUUAAAGGAGGCUUGGCUUCACCUACUGGGCCUAUACGGGGCCGGUUUGUUUUUGGAGGGCUCAGAUCUUCUCGGAGCAAUCCUCAUAACCCCGUGAGGCGAUAACACCUAACGUUUUUAAAGGCCAGGUACCACAUGUGCUGGGUACUUCACAGGCCCAGUUAAUUCUCUCCAAACCUUUACAAGGCAGGUGGACUUACCUUCCAUUAGAGGAAACCAAAGCUCAAAGAGGUCGAACAGCUCCCUCAAGGCCACACAUCUAGGAUGGUGGAGCACGGCUCUAAACUUAGCCGGACUGAUGAAUUCCCUACUUCCUACUGCUGCCUCCCGUUUUGGUGGCACUCCCCCAACCCCACCCGGCUGCACCGGGCUAGGCACAGUGCCUGGUCUGGGAAGCGCCAGACCAACAGCAGGUGGCAACCUUGUGUUCCUUUCAAGCUCCUGCUGAGAGGUCUGUUUAGUAAAGCGGCCCGGGGGCGGUGGAGCUAGCGGGUCGCUUCGCCCCUACCCAAGAAUCCCGCAGGGAGUCGGGCGUGGGGUACCUAGCAACUGCAUCUCCAGCUGGGCUAACUUUGGUGGCCGGUCUGAGCUCUCAGCGAGGCUUAGCACCGCAACUAGUAGCCACAGGUAUGUCAGUGUUGGGAGAGCCCCUCUGAUGCUUUUAGUUAAUAAUUUCCUAAAUUCGCCAAAGCCGUUUACUAUGUCACCUGCGGCUGUUUUGAGUUUCUCCUACUCAAGCGCACUUAGAACUUAUGUAGCCUCACUAUGGGCGAAGGUUCGAUUUGCAUGCAUCCUGGAUAUGGAAAACGGCUGGAAAGCAUUCGUGGCACAGAGAGGUCAAGCGACUGGACGUUGAAGGGGCAGAGCCCAGCCGGAGCUAGGACCCGGGUCCCUGCUAACGCCCAGAGCAGCGUCACAACUCCGCCCCCGGGUGGGCGUCUUUGCAGAGCGCCCGCAGGUUCCCAGCCCGCCCCGCGCCCCCCCGGUGCGCAUUCUCAGUCCCGCCCCGGCGGUGCACCUCCCACCCGGGUCCUCCAUCCCCCGCGGAUGUGCUCGCGGGGGGAAACUGAGGCUGGGAGCGUGCUUCUGAGCACGUUCUUUCCUCAGCCCACACCCCACAAACUGCAAAGCUGCCGUGCCCUCCCGAGACCCGCAUGGAACAGCAGGGAAGAGCGGGAGGAAGGGGAGGGGGCCGAAAGCAAGCAGGGUCUGUGGAGUCGGCUGGUCCUGCCACACUCAAGAUGGCGGCGCGACAGCGGCAAGGUCCCUCAGAGGCGGUACCAGCGCAUGCGCAGCGCGGAGUCCCGGCCCGGGACACAAGAUGGCGGCAGCGGCGCUGGGGAGGGCGAGGCGGAGGCGGCAAAACGGGAGGUCGAGCAGAACGUGUAGCCGCGUCCCCGCGAGUCCGCUCCGGGCAGUUGCUGAUGCAAGGAAUUUCCUGGGCCCCCGUCCACUCCACUGCUGACCAGCCCACCCACCUGCGCUGAGCCUUCCUGCAGGCCUACCCCCUGCCUCUGUGGGACCCUGUGACGUGGGGGUCCAUCUGAUCAGAGAAGAAAACCCUCUCAUGCUAGCGUUGCAGACCCCAGAGGGUGAGAAAAAGAGGGACCUUUUUCAGGCUUGAGACAUACGGGCUCAGCCCCAAAGCACCAGGAAUCCUUCCUCCCCAGAGAAUCAAGCUUUUUAUCCCCUCGGUCCGGUGUGGGUGCUGAGAUGGCCAAUGAGAAUCACGGCAGCCCCCGGGAGGAAGCGUCCCUGCUGAGUCACUCCCCAGGCACCUCCAAUCAGAGCCAGCCCUGUUCUCCAAAGCCCAUCCGCUUGGUACAGGACCUCCCAGAGGAGCUGGUGCAUGCGGGCUGGGAGAAGUGCUGGAGCCGGAGGGAGAACCGUCCCUACUACUUCAACCGAUUCACCAACCAGUCCUUGUGGGAGAUGCCUGUGCUGGGCCAGCAUGACGUGAUCUCGGACCCUUUGGGGCUGAAUGCGACCCCACUGCCCCAAGACUCAAGCUUGGUGGAAACCCCCCCGGCUGAGAACAGGCCCCGAAAGCGGCAGCUCUCGGAAGAGCAGCCAAGCGGCAAUGGUGUAAAGAAGCCCAAGAUUGAAAUCCCUGUGACACCCACAGGCCCGUCGGUGCCUAGCUCCCCCAGUAUCCCAGGAACCCCAACGCUGAAAAUGUGGGGGACAUCCCCUGAAGAUAAACAGCAGGCAGCUCUCCUCCGACCCACUGAGGUGUACUGGGAUCUGGACAUCCAGACCAACGCUGUCAUCAAGCACCGGGGGCCUUCAGAGGUGCUGCCCCCGCACCCCGAGGUGGAGCUGCUUCGCUCCCAGCUCAUCCUCAAGCUUCGGCAGCACUACCGGGAGCUGUGCCAGCAGCGAGAGGGCAUUGAGCCCCCACGAGAAUCUUUCAACCGCUGGAUGCUGGAGCGCAAGGUCGUGGAUAAAGGCUCUGACCCCCUGUUGCCGAGCAACUGUGAACCAGUCGUGUCACCCUCCAUGUUUCGUGAAAUCAUGAAUGACAUUCCCAUCAGGUUAUCCCGAAUCAAGUUCCGGGAGGAAGCCAAGCGCCUGCUCUUUAAAUACGCAGAAGCUGCAAGGCGGCUCAUUGAAUCCAGGAGUGCGUCCCCUGACAGCAGGAAGGUGGUCAAAUGGAACGUGGAGGACACCUUCAGCUGGCUGCGGAAGGACCACUCUGCCUCCAAGGAGGACUACAUGGACCGCCUGGAGCACCUGCGGAGGCAAUGUGGCCCCCACGUGUCAGCCGCAGCAAAGGACUCCGUGGAGGGAAUCUGUAGUAAGAUCUACCACAUCUCCCUGGAGUAUGUCAAACGGAUCCGUGAGAAGCACCUUGCCAUCCUCAAGGAAAACAACAUCCCAGAGGAGGUGGAGGCCCCAGAAGUGGAGCCCCGCCUGGUGUACUGUUACCCAGUACGGUUGGCUGUGUCUGCACCCCCCAUGCCCAGUGUGGAGAUGCAUAUGGAGAAUAAUGUGGUCUGCAUCCGGUAUAAGGGAGAGAUGGUCAAGGUCAGCCGCAACUACUUUAGCAAGCUGUGGCUGCUUUACCGCUACAGCUGCAUUGAUGACUCUGCCUUUGAGAGGUUCCUGCCCCGAGUCUGGUGUCUCCUCCGACGGUACCAGAUGAUGUUUGGCGUCGGCCUCUACGAGGGGACAGGCCUGCAGGGAUCGCUGCCCGUGCACGUCUUUGAGGCCCUCCACCGACUCUUCGGCGUCACCUUUGAGUGCUUCGCCUCGCCCCUCAACUGCUACUUCCGCCAGUACUGCUCUGCCUUCCCGGACACAGAUGGCUACUUCGGCUCCCGCGGGCCCUGCCUGGACUUCUCCCCGCUGAGUGGUUCCUUUGAGGCCAACCCUCCGUUCUGCGAGGAGCUCAUGGAUGCCAUGGUCUCUCACUUCGAGAAACUGCUCGAGAGCUCACCAGAGCCCCUGUCCUUCAUCGUGUUCAUCCCCGAGUGGCGAGAACCCCCCACGCCGGCGCUCACCCGCAUGGAGCAGAGCCGCUUCAAACGCCACCAGCUGGUCCUGCCUGCCUUCGAGCACGAGUACCGCAGUGGCUCCCAGCACGUCUGCAAGAAGGAAGAAAUGCACUACAAGGCUGUCCACAACACGGCCGUGCUCUUCCUACAGAAUGACCCCGGCUUUGCCAAGUGGGGGCCGACGCCGGAGCGGCUGCAGGAGCUGAGCUCCGCCUACCGGCAGUCAGGCCGCAGCCAUAGCUCUGGCUCCUCUUCUUCCUCGGAGAACAAGGACCGGGACUCGGGUCGCGAACAGGGCCCUAGCCGCGAGCCUCACCCCACUUAACACAUCCUGCGGGGAGGAGGAGCCCCAGGGUGCUGGUAUGGACUGCUGGGACUCGGGCCUCUUGGGGCUGAGCAGACCCCAGGACCCUCCCCCUGAGGUGGCAGCGGGACUCAGGCUGCCAGUGUCAUAGGAAGAUUAUGGCUCUGCCAGGGCUCCCCUCCCUGCCCGAACCCCCAACUCCUCACCUCAAACUCACUCCGACUCCUGUGUAAAUAGGUCCCAUCCCUUCCCUUCCUCCCCCCAAUCCCAACCAUCUUAUCGCCAUCUUGUUUCAUUUGUAAAAGGAAAUACAGAAACCCCUGUAA